UCAUUUAUUGCCACUGCUGCAGUCACUGUGUGGCAGAAUGAUGACGUACCUUUGUCAGUGUCAUAUGGAAUGGGUAAAGCCCUACCAAAUUCUUGGUCCAUUUUGGUCAAUUUUACGGUCAUAGGAUUUUAAAAAUUGUAAAUGUCAUGAUUUCAGAUAUUUAAAUUUGAAAUUUUAUGGUGGUGUAACUGUAGGGGUCCUGCCCCUAUAGGUGCUGUGUGUGUGGUUUUUUUUUUUCUUCAAAAGUUAUUGGGGGGUCGUGGUAUUGCCACCCUUACUUUUGCGCAGCUACUGGCAGUGGUGCUGCCUUCAGAGCUUGGUGGCCGGAGAGUGGCUGCUACUGGCUGGGAGUAGAAGUAAGGAUGGAAUGGUAUGGUAUGGUAUGGUAUAGCCACCUUACUUCUGUGCUGCUGCCUUCAGAGCUGGGCCCUUGGCCAGCAGCCGCCAAUCUCCGGCUGCCUAGCUCUGAAGGCAGCAGCACAGAAAUAAGGGUGGCAAUACUGCGACCCCCCCCCCCCCACCCCCUUUUGGAUCGGGACCCUCAGUUUGAGAAAUGCUGGUUUCCCCCGUGAAAUCUGUAUAGUAGAGAGUAAAAGUACACAAAAGACCAGAUUUCAUGGUCCGUGACACGUUCUUCAUGGCUGUGAAUUUGGUAUGGCCCUAGGAAUGGGUUUUUGAUGUUCGUAUGGGUUCUAGUAGACAGGAGUUCUGGUUUUCUCUAGCAGACAAAGGUUGAUCUCACCAUAGUCUGUGGCUGUAUCUCAAUAUGUUGCUGUUGAGUAAAGGAAUAUUGUGUCCAGUUUUGAUGUCCCUGCUUGAGAAAGGCUGUUGAAAAUUUGGAAAAAAUUCAAAGAAGAGCCACAAGAGUGAUCUGAGUGCUGGAAAGCUUGCCUUACAGUGGAAGACUAAAGGUUUUUAAUCUGUUUAGUUUAUUGGAGAGAAGGUUAAGAGGUGACUUGAGCAUGGUCUAGAACUCUUCUUCAGCUAUCCCUCGAUGCAAUGAUGAUGUCUGCCAAAGGUGUUCAUUGAUGGGGUUUUUAAGUGGCUGAGGAGCCCAAUUCGUGCCCUGCAUAUUUUCCCACAGAAGUGACAGGUGAAAUCUUGGAGGAGAUAUAGUUGUUGCCUGGAGUGUUGUGCCAUUUCUUUCCUCCUUUGUCGCUUCUCUGUCUCAUGAGCAAGUCUGUUCUCAAAGUGGGCUGUGGCUUGGUGUAUAGUUUGUUGCCUCUGUGUUCAAGUCCUCCCAGUUUGUUGGAUUGAUGCCUCCCUUUUUAAGGUGUACUUUCAGUAUGUCCUUGAAGUGCUUCUGCUUCCCUCCAUGAUCCCUUCUUCUCUGGCUUAACUGAGAGAAGAGUAGUUGCUUUGGGAGACAAGUGUCAGGCAUAUGUACACAGUGACCAGCCCAGCAGAGUUGAUGUUUCAUGACCUGUGCUUCUACACUGCUGAUGUUGGCUGCAGAGAGAAUGCUGAUGUUAGUGUGUCGGUCUUUCCGGCUGAUCCUGAGAAUCCUCCUGAGGCAGUGCUGCUGGAACCACUCCAUCUGCUUGAGAUGUUGUUUGUAGGUUACCCAGGUCUCUGAUCCAUAGAGAAGGGUGGGGAUGACAACUGCCUUGUAAACCAAGAUCUUGGUACCUGUUUGUAGAUCCCUAUAAUUGAAGACUCGUUUGAGUAGUCUUCCAAAGAAUGUGCUAGCACAGCGGAUCCUGUAUUCGAUUUCUGUGUCAAUGCUAGCUGUUUGGGAGAAGUGGCUGCCAAGGUAUGGAAAAUGGUCCACUUUUUCCAGGGAUUCUCUGCUAAUGGUAAUUUGUGGAGUACGAAGAGUAGUUUGUGCAGGUGAGGGUUGGUAGAAUACCUUGGUUUUCCUGAUAUUAAGAGAGAGACCCAAGCUGUAAUAGGCAUCUGCAAAAAGAUUUAGGGUGCUUUGCAGGUCGGCCUCUGUGUCAUCCUUCCACACACAAUCAUCUGCAUACUGAAUCAGUGAUGCCAAUUCUCGGGAUCUUAAAUUUUGUUUGGAGACAUAGGAGAUUGAGGAGUUUGCCAUUCAUAUGAUACUCAAUCCCGAUUCCGUCAGGAAAGCCGUCGCAGAUGAGACUCAGGAUCAUGGCAGGGUAAAUGGAGAAGAGUGUUGGAGCAAUGACACAGCCCUGCUUGACACCAGUGCGAAUGAUGAAUGGUUCGGUCUCUGAGCCGUUGCACAGAAUGGUGGCAGUCAUCCCAUCAUAGAGUAGUCUGAUGGAAAUAAUUUUCUGUGCACAGCCAAACCUACACAGCACCAUCCAUAGGGCAACAUGAUUGAUAGAGUCAAAGGCCUUGGUUAGGUUGAUGAAUGCCAUGAGUAGUUCCUGGUGUUGCUCUCUGCAUUUCUCCUGAAUCUGUCAUGCCACAAAUAUCAUGUUGGUUGUGCCUCAGGAUGGCUUGAAGCCACACUGUGGUUCGGGGAGGAGUUCCUCGGCAAGGGGGAGGAGGUGGUUUAAUAGGAUCCGAGCAAAGAUCUGCCCUGUGACGGAGAGGAGGGCAAUACCUCUGUAGUUCCUGCACAAAGAUUUGUCCCCUUUCUUUAAUAUUGUAACAAUGUUGGCAUUAAAGUCAUGUGGAAUUUCUUCACAGGUCCAGAUUUUGUCAAGGAAUUGGCAAAGUUUGUGCUGGGGCAUUGUUCUACCAGCUUUAAAAACCUCAGCUGGGAUGCUGUCUGGGCCUGGUGAUUAUUUUUAUCUGGGUGAUGGCAUACUGUAAUUCCUCAGAGGAUGGGAAACUCUCUAACUUACCUGACAACAUCAUUGACAUUCAAGAGCACUGGGAUCAACUUAAAAAUACUAUUCACAGUGCAUGUGCUGAAACUAUAGGAUAUUCCACUCAUCGGCACCAAGACUGGUUUGACAAAAACAACAAGGAAAUCGUAGCAUUAAUUCAGCAGAAAAGAAAUGCAUUCUGUAACUGGCAAAAUGAUUCCUCUAACCAACAAAAAUAUGAGACCUAUCAUCUGUUCAAAGCCAAAGUCCAAAGGAGGCUACAUGACAUCAAAAACAGGUGGUGGCAAGAGAAGGUCUUCUGAGAUCCAGGGUUUCGUAGACCAGGAUGACAUGAGAAGCUUCUUUCAAGCAACAAAAGCUCUAUAUGGGCCAAGCUCCAAAGGCCCAACCCCCUUUCAUUCCCAGGAUGGCUCCACCCUCCUCAAGGACAAUGCAGCCAUCAAACAAUGCUGGAAGGAGCACUUUGAGAGUCACUAAACUGUGAAUCCAUGGUCUCUGAAGACACCAUUGAGUUCAUUCCACAACACACAGCAAUGGAAUACCUUGCUGAUUCCCCCAUCUUCUGAGGUCUAUAACUACCAGUGCAGGGAGAAGAUGUACUAUUAGAGGGCUCUUUAUUCUCCCUCUUGAGUUACUUAUACACUUUUCUCACUGCAAUCAAGGUUAAUAAAGGUGGUGUUUUUUUCUAGAUAUUUUCUUACCUUUUUUGUUUUAAAAGACAGUUUAGGCUUGGUGUGGUGUGGAUGGAAAGAAACGUGCUGGCUUGGGUGGAGAGCUUUCUGAGGUGUGCAGAGACUCCAUUCCGGUCACAGAAGCCACAGGCAGCUCUAAGUGAGCAGCCAAGGUCUGAUUCAUCAGUUCCCUGCGCUUUGCACAGUAGAUUGCACUCCUGUCAUUCUGAUUUUUUCUCAGUGGCAUUCUAAACUCACUGUAGCACUUUGAAACAAUUCCACAAAGUGUAGGACAAUGGUAAAUUGGCCCCUGGAUGUGCAUAGACUAAGCCCAGAUAUUAAAAUAGAAGCAACUUGCCCAUGCGUGUAUUUAUUGUGACAUUUGUGUUGGAUUACAUGGGUGCAUUUUAAUGUGCUCUCUGAUGACGGUCUCUGCACAUGUGCUAAGGCUAACAUACCCCCUUCCCCUGCUGAUAAAUAAAUUUUUCUAACUGGCUUUCUGUCUGCAUCCCCCAAAACUGUCGGAUGCACUCCUAAUUUUUUUUAUCCAUGGUACAUAUAUGACCCCAAUUAUUGUAAUGUCUGAGCACUUCACAAUCUUUAAUGUGUUUAUCCUCAACCUCCUGUGAGGCAAGGUAGGGCUGUUAUCCCCUUUAUUCAGAUGGGGACCUAAGGCACAGAAACUGCAUGACUUGCCCAAGGUCAUACAGGGAGUCUGUGGCAGAGCAGGGAAUCCUGAAUCCCUGCUUGCUUCCUAAUGUCUGGAUCCUCCUUCCUCCCCUCAUUGCAGAAUUGUCAGAUUUGUUUAGCUGUGUUCCUUGUUCAGUUUGCCUCCAGCUUCCAGAAAAAUCUUCCACUGACAGAAGCUGGAGAGAGAUGAGGGGAGGAAUCUGGCCAUGCAGGAAGCCCCCAGCCUAAACGUGUGUUGUGGUUGUAAUUGCCGUUGUCAUUACCAUAGCUCCAUAAUGAAAAGCACUGCAGACAACUGCAUUGGGAACCGAGCAUGGAGCAAUCGUAAACUAGAUUAACCCAGACAGUACUUAUAUUAAUAGGGGGCAGUGAAUUGAUCUUGGGAGACAGGCGGUUCUGAAUUGCUAAUGCUGGCUCUGCCAGCUAACUCACAGUAUGACCUUGGUUGAGUCAUUGAACGAAUGUGUGUUCUUUCCCUUCUUUGUUGUUUUAUUUUGAAUUGCAGGAAAGCCUAGGGGCCCCAGGCAUGGACCAUGGCCCUGUUGUGCUAGGUGCUGUACAAACACAAUAAAAAGAAGGUCCCUGCACUAAAGACUAAGUAAAUUGUAAAACAAGGCUGAUCCUCGGAGUGCAGAGCCGUCAGCCCGGUCAUUUUGUGUACUCGGUCUUUUUUUUAUUUUAAAUCUGUUGUCUUCUGCCAUCUGUGUAGACGGUGUCCAGGAGCCAGAGCUUCGAUUUAUGUAAAUGUUUAUAGCUUAGUUGAGGUCAAUGGAGCUAUGAUGCCCUGUUGAGGGUCUGGCCCCCAGGUGUUUUUACCGCUGUGUCCUCAGGUCUGCUGGCGGAUGGUUAAAAAUGCCAGUGCUGUGUUUACCAACUGGUGUUAAUGAAACAGUGGGAGAUUUCCUGAGAUGCUGGAGCAGAUGCAGUCUGCAUGCAUCUGAGGGUUAAUUAAUGUUUGUCAGUGUGCUAUAGAUGAAAGUACAGAGUGUUGUUAUACACUUAAUUCUAAUCAUGUCACCAGGAAAUGAAGUCUUUUGUGCCUUGUCCUUGACAGUAAUUGAGGAGAGAGAGUGGAUGCUGUAGAUUCCAACCCACAUCUGCAAACUCUUGAGCUGUGGCUGGAUUGGAGGCCUGGCUCUGCCCCUCUUGCUGGAGAAAUGCCCUUGAAUGUCAGUCACAAUUCCUGCAAUUGAUCUGUAGAGAAUGGCUCCCACUGCUUUGGGGACCAUAAAAACCUUAUUUAUCUCCCACCUCCAGUGUUGAUGUGCCUGAAAUACUGCGUGUGUUGGGCCAUGACAUUGACCUGCCUUCUUGCUAACACUCAGAGAAUAACGAAUGGCAAGGGUGAAACAAUAUAAUGAAAAAGAGCUUUUAGGAGGAAAGCUGGUGAUCUCUUUAUUUCAGAGGCUUGAAGAGUUGUAGUCUGAACCAGCUCUUUUCAUACUGCUUGGCAGGCAUGCCUUUCUGGGACAUUUACCACCCAGUCCUGAUAAUUGCUUCUCCUGAGAGUGAAGAAUGGCCUGCAUCAGCCUCGCUGUUAGUGCAGAGUACUGUUGAUGCCUGUCUUAUUAGCAAGGUAUUACAGCUCAGUAUGGUAAUUACAGGGUAUCAUAAAGAGAGAACUCUUAGUUAGACUCUCCAAACUCUGCCCAACAGCUAUGCUCAGCGUUACAAGUGUUAAAAAUAAUUCCUCCUCUCCCAGAUUCACUCUUAAAACAUCAGGCAUUGCACUGUGGUCUCCUCUGCUCCUGGUUAUAAAAAUGCCCCUGUAUUGUGUGUAUUUUUCCCUUUCUGUGUCUAUCCGACAUUCACAGAGCUCUUUCCGUCUUCUUUUUUGCAGACAUGUGGGUCAGCGUUGCCUGUGGACUCGGCUCAGCCCCAGCCUUUCUAUGCGACACGUGGUCCCCAUGGGAACAGCAGCGAAGGAGGAGAUGGCUCAAUUUUGCGAUAAAAACACCCAGUCAAACCGUCCCAUGUCCCCUCAUAUCACCAUCUACAAGUGGUCUCUGCCCAUGUUGAUGUCCAUCGCCCACCGUGGCACUGGUGUUGCAAUGAGUGCAGGGGUGUCUCUCUUUGGCCUGGCUGCCUUGAUUCUCCCGGAACAGUUCCCCUAUUACUUGGCAUUUGUGAAGUCACUCAGUCUGGGGCCUGCUCUUAUCUACUCUGCUAAGUUUGCCUUGGCUUUCCCCCUCACCUACCACACGUGGAACGGAAUCCGACACCUUAUGUGGGACAUGGGAAAAGGAUUUAAGAUUCCCCAAAUCUACCAGUCUGGAGUCCUGGUCCUGGUCUUGACCCUGCUUUCCUCUGCUGGACUCGCAGCCAUGUGAAGGCGCCUCCCUCCUGAAGGCCCUCCCUUCUCCUACAAGGAUUUGAUUCAUCUGGUGAUCUGGUCCAGACAGAGCUCAGUGUGUAUAUGGGGGGAGGGCAGGAGGGACUAGAGACUCCUAGAUAACUAAAUUGUUGAGGCAAGAUGGUGCUUUCCCUCUUUGUAAAGCAUGUGAAUGAUCAGAGUUUGCUUAUUACUAGCCCUGAGUGAUGUGCUGUCUCCAGCUAUCCUAGCCCAGCGAGAUCUCAGAACACCCGUCCAGAAUGCCCCCAGCAGGAGUCCCAGUCUAGGAUGUUCAAGACUCUAGGUAGCCACAAGCAGCUGGUAACUGGCAGCUGAUUCGCAGUUGAUUCUUAUCCACCUAGAGCAUGCUCAGAGCUGCCUUUCUUAAUUAAUUGCUGUUCUUUCAAACUAACUCUGGUUCACUUGCUUUCUGCUCUGCCCUGAAGCUUGAGACAAUACUGGCACUGUGUGCCCCCUCACUGGGCCUGAGGGGGGUUGGGGGAGGAGACGCGAGUGCCUCUAGCUUAGUGUAUGUGUGUAGGCUCACAUAGAAGACAACUCUCCCUAUUGAUGCUGGCGCUGGGUCUAGGGCAAGCACAGACUGAGCCGCCGACGCCAGCGCCCAUGAUGCUAGCAAGGGGAAUAAGGAAUUUGACGCUGUCCUGGGUAAAAUGCCUAACUGCUGGAAUCUGGCUUUCUGCUGCAGUCAGCAUCCUGUGGGCUUUACAGUGGGGAGAGGGGUAGCCUGUAGUGGGCCCAGUGCUUGGGGGUUGGGCGUGUUGAGUUCAAAGCGCUCUCUGCAGCAGCUCACAACUCUUCCAGCAGAUGAAGGAUAAGCACCCGUAUAUUUUUGGAGUCUUCAAUCAAAUGUUUUUUUUUUUUUUCCUCUGAAAAUAAAUCUGUUCUUUGAACCUUU